AUGGCAGGCCUCUCCUCCAUAAGACCAGCACAAACCCCUGCCCACACCACGUCUCCUGACCAGAGACUUUUGCAGCCUCUGAGUUCCAGUGGAGGGGUCAGGAAGGAAGUGUUUGGCCAUGGAAACCAUGGUGUAAAUUGGUUCAAGAUUCUGCCUGAGAUUCGUAUCAUGGCCAUGUGUUUGGUCAUCCCCCACAUAGUCACUGUGCACAUCUACAGGUUUAGUAAUGUGGGCAAAGAAAAAAUGGUUGCCUAUUAUUCAUAUUCUUGGAGUUUGAUGCAAAGAGAUAGGCAUGUCUCUGGAGUUAACUGUUACUAUGUGUCAAAGGGUUUGGAGGGUAUCAAUUAA